AUGUCUGAAGACGAAAUAGAUAUGGAUGAUCUUCCUGUCAGUCACACGUUCGCAGAGCAGAAUAAAGAGCAGGCGCUUAUUAAUAAGCAAAUUAGAGCCACUAUUUCGGCUUCGAGAAGAAGGAUCAAACUUUUGCGCAAAGAAAAGCACGCUGCCAACCUAGCAACCGAAAGAGGUUCCGCUGCAGAAGUCAGUGACGAGUUUACUCUCUCGUCUACAUUUAACCCACUUGCUUUUGCAACUGGACUACAUGAUUUGCAAACAGAGGCGCUAUUUGAUAGCAACACUGUAGAUGUAAACAAAACCACUGAUAACGAGUCAGAUGAGGGCUACAACGGUAGUGAUGAACAAGAUCUGCUGAAAUCCGGGAGUGCUCCGAUGAGUGAAGAGCCGGACGACUGUUACGCAAUAAACGGUGGCGCUGAUCACCAAAAUUCGGAUGAUAUUUGUGGUGAUUUGNGAAAUCGUGGUCGACAGGGUGCCUUUCAUGUGGAACUACUGAGUCGGAAUCCGGUGGAGAAAAACACGUGUGAGGAGGCCGAGAAAUUUCUCCACGACAAAUUGUUUGUUCCGUUCCGGCAACUGAACGCGCACGACUUCGGUCGAGUUCGUUCGGACGUGAUGAUGAGUUUGGCGCGUAAACGCAAGACCCGAAAAAUGAACCGAUAG